UGAAGGCAGUGAUGACUACUGUGGAAGUACGGAUCAGCAUGGACCUAUUCACAACUCAUUACUCAUCACUGUUGACUGUCAAGAGACCAGUUUCUCAGAUUCUCACCCGUAUCACUGUUCUUUGUGCUUCACUGUUAGUAUGCAUCUUUACUGGGUUAUUUUGGGUUCUUGUUGAAUUUUAGUCUAAUAAUUUCAUUGGCGUUGAUUUGAAGGUUUAAACCCUGGUUUUUGGUUAGGCUUAUAGACAUUUCAUUUGGGUUAUUUGAAAAAUGGCUUCAAAAGGAAAGGGUGAUAAUGAAGAAUCUGGUUAUAAAAGUAAAAUCUGGGUUUUGGAUCAGAAGUUGGAUCAGCCCAUGGAUGCAGAAGCUGGGAGACUUAAGAAUAAGUAUGAGGAAAAGAAAUCUUCCACCUUAUUACUUUUGUGCCUCGCAUUCCAAAGCCUUGGAGUGGUCUAUGGAGAUCUAGGCGCUUCGCCCUUGUAUGUCUUCUACAAUACAUUUCCUGAUGGAAUCAAAGAUCCAGAAGAUGUGAUUGGAGCUCUGUCGUUGAUUAUAUAUUCCCUCACAUUUAUUCCACUCUUGAAGUAUAUUUUAAUUGUUUGUAGAGCAAAUGACAAUGGUCAAGGUGGAACAUUUGCACUUUAUUCACUACUUUGUCGGCACGCUAAUGUAAAGACUAUCCCUAACCAAGAUCAUACAGAUGAACAGCUAACAACUUAUAGCCGUUCUACAAUUUAUGAAAAAUCAUUUGCUGCAAAGACAAAGAGAUGGUUGGAAGGACACUCUUUCAGGAAGAAUGCACUUCUUUUACUUGUUCUUGUUGGCUCCUCCAUGGUUAUUGGGGAUGGAAUUCUCACGCCAGCUAUAUCAGUGCUAUCGGCAGUGCAAGGAAUAAAAUUAGACCAUCCCAAGAUGACUAGUGAUAUAGUUGUAUUUGUCGCUGUUGUGAUAUUAGUAGGCCUGUUUUGUAUGCAACACCAGGGUAUAGAUAGGGUUGGUUGGCUCUUUGCCCCAAUUGUGCUCCUCUGGUUUCUCUUGAUUGGAGGUAUUGGCAUAUUCAACAUUUUGAAAUAUGACAAAGAAGUGUUGAAAGCUUUUUCUCCUGUGUAUAUAUAUCGAUACUUUAAAAAAGGAGGGAAAGAUGGUUGGCUCUCUCUUGGAGGUAUUAUGCUUAGCAUAACAGGAACAGAGGCCCUUUUUGCUGACCUGUCCCAUUUUCCAGUAUUAUCGAUACAGAUUGCAUUCACAGCAAUUGUUUUUCCAUGCCUUAUUUUUGCCUAUUCUGGACAAGCUGCAUACCUCUUGAAAAAUCCAAAUCAUGUAGUUGAUGCAUUUUAUCGUUCUAUUCCAGAUAGCAUAUAUUGGCCAGUACUUAUUGUUGCUACUGCUGCUGCUGUUGUUGCAAGUCAAGCCACUAUAUCUGCAACUUUUUCAUUAAUCAAGCAAGCUCUUGCCCUGGACUGUUUUCCAAGGGUUAAAAUUGUCCAUACAUCAGAAAAGUUCCUAAGCCAGAUAUACAUUCCAGACAUAAAUUGGAUUCUUAUGAUUCUUUGUGUUGCAGUGACAGCUGGGUUUAAAAAUCAAAGCCAAAUUGGGAAUGCUUCUGGGACAGCAGUUGUGAUAGUCAUGCUGGUGACCACAUUGCUUAUGAUUCUAAUCAUGCUAUUAGUAUGGCGGUGCCAUUGGAUUAUUGUUGUGAUUUUCACUGGUUUGUCAUUGAUAGUGGAGGGCACUUAUUUUUCUUCUGUACUCUGUAAGGUUAAUCAAGGUGGUUGGGUUCCUCUGGUGAUUGCAGCAGCAUUUUUUGUUAUCAUGUAUGCGUGGCACUAUGGUACCAUGAAGCGCUAUGAGUUUGAGAUGCAUAGUAAGGUUUCAAUGGCAUGGGUUCUUGGGCUUGGUCCCAGUUUAGGACUUGUUCGGGUCCCCGGAAUAGGACUAGUGUACACUGAGCUAGCCAGAGGGGUGCCUCACAUCUUUUCCCACUUCAUCACAAACCUACCUGCUAUCCACUCUGUGGUUGUUUUUGUCUGCGUGAAGUACCUGCCAGUCUAUACAGUCCCUGAAGAUGAGAGAUUCCUCAUAAAGCGAAUAGGACCAAGGAAUUUCCGAAUGUUCCGUUGUGUUGCAAGGUAUGGAUAUAAAGACCUCCACAGGAAAGACGAAAAAUUUGAGAAGAGGCUCUUUGACAGUCUUUUCAUGUUUAUCCGGCUGGAAUCCAUGAUGGAUGGGUGUUCAGACUCAGAUGACUAUAGUUUAAAUGGCCAACAAACUGAGCAGUCAAGAGACAUGAAUGACAAUGGCAACAAAGCUUCAUCCACUAUGAAUGCAACAAUUUCAUCUGGAGAUUCCAUAGUGCCCCUUGACGCCAUCAGGUCAGCCAGUCAGGUGAGCAGCCCAGUUGAAAUUGACGAGUUAGAGUUUUUGAGUAACUGUCGAGAUACUGGGGUAGUACACAUAUUGGGGAAUACAGUAGUAACAACAAGCAGGGAGUCAAAGUUCUAUAAGAAGGUAGCCAUUGAUUAUAUAUAUGCUUUUCUUAGGAAGAUCUGCAGAGGAAACAGUGCAGUGUUCAAUGUUCCUCAUGAAAAUCUCUUAAAUGUCGGACAAAUAAUUCGGGUAUAAUAGCUUAUUAGCAUGGGUAGAGAGAGUAGAUCAUGUUCGCUGUAUUCCAUCAAACUUAUUGUAUGAGAAUGUAUUUUGGUACCCAUUAAUGGAUGCAGCUGAGUAAUAAAAAGAUGAGAUCAACCAACUUCCUUUUGAAA